UCUGAUCACUCGUGUCACAUUCUCUUAUUUCAAAACUCAAUAUCAUGUCUGGUCGCGGUAAAGGAGGCAAAGUAAAGGGAAAGUCAAAGACCCGUUCAAACCGUGCUGGACUCCAGUUCCCAGUUGGUCGUAUCCAUCGUAUGUUGCGUAAAGGAAACUACGCAGAACGUGUUGGUGCUGGUGCUCCAGUCUACCUCGCAGCUGUCAUGGAAUAUCUGGCCGCUGAAGUUCUCGAGUUGGCAGGCAACGCUGCUCGUGACAACAAGAAGACUCGUAUCAUCCCACGUCAUCUUCAAUUGGCCAUCCGUAACGACGAAGAGUUGAACAAACUUCUCUCAGGAGUCACCAUCGCUCAAGGUGGAGUCUUACCUAACAUCCAAGCUGUCUUGUUGCCCAAGAAAACCGAAAAAAGCAGCUCUUAAAUUGAACAUCAAUUCAAAUAAAAAACAAAACGGCCCUUUUCAGGGCCACUAAAUAUUUUAAAACGAAAGAAUCUUAUUCAAGUUGAUAAUCAACUAAAAUUUUAAAAUUAAUUCAAUCCCUGUAAUA